AUGCCUCUUUUUGUGUUUCCGGCAUUAGGUGGUCUGUUAUUUGGGUAUGACAUUGGUGCUACUUCUGAUGCUACCAUCUCACUAACGUCCGCUGAGCUUAGCAGCACAACGUGGUUUAACCUGAUAGCUGGUCAGCUUGGUCUUGUGCACUGCAGGCCAUUUUACCUCAAGACAUUGUUAACAAGAUUACAGCCAUACCUCUCCCUCUACAUCCUAGACCUGACCAGUUUAUUUGGUUCCUUUACUAUUAGCUCUGCUUCCAGGUUGCUAAUGCAGUGUGUGGCAUACUCUCCAAAAUCUUCCUGCAGAUUUUCUGUUCCCAUGGAAUCUUUCCUAUCUGAUCAAGGCUCAGUUUCAAACAAUUCUUCUUCAGAUGAUAAUCAUGAACUCAUCAACCCCCUUUUCAUUCCAGCCAACUUAGACCUCCCUGGUGAUUGUUGUACAUCUUUGAACCCGGCCUCAGACGAGUAUGCUGGUGACAAUUAUGACGACAACACUCCUGUUCUCAGGUAUAUAAGUGAUAUUCUUCUUGAAGAGGACAUUGAGGAUAAGCCUUGUAUGAUACAUGACUGUUUGGCCCUCCAAGCUGCUGCGAAAUCUUUCUAUGAUGUCAUUCAUCAAAAGGAUUCAACAACACUAGACCAAAGCUAUGAGAACCCGGAUGAUUACAAGGAGAGUUUUUUCAGCACUGGUGGCGCUAUUUAUGGCAAGACAGAUGGGGUUGCUGAUGUCCCGUAUUCUCUUGCUAAGUGUCAUCCGGAUACCUCUUUGGUUUCCAAUUCAAUUUCAAAGCUGCAAAGUCUUGGGAAUUCUCGAAGGGUGGAGGAAGAAAACAACUGGCAUGCAAAGUUUAAAAUCCUUAAGGCUAAGAGGUUCCAACCAAUGCUUCAGGGUCCUCAAACACAUACAGGUUUAACUUCGGUGUAUGAGCAACGAAGUGACGGGUACAACUCAAAAAAUGGAUCAGAGACAAAGAAAGAUCGUCGAAGACUGGAUGAUCAUUGUCUAGAAGAAUGGAGGAGCAACAAGCAGUCACUUUACUCAGUUGCAUAUUCUACUGACGACUCUGAGCUGCAAGAAAUGUUUGAUAAGUUAAUGCUCUGUCAAACUGCGAAUUGUAAAUCCGUCAAUUCUAGUUCGCUUCAUGAGUCUUGUAACGAAGGAAGCAAAUACUCAGAAGAAUCUAAGCAUGUACGCUCAAAGAGACGAACUAAAGAAGAUAGAGUAGUAGAUUUGCGAACAAUGUUAAUCCAAUGCGCGCAAGCUGUUGCAAGUUAUGACCAAAGAAAUGCUAGUGUACUACUGAAGCAGAUCAGGCAGCACUCGUCUCCCUAUGGUGAUGCAACCCAGAGACUGGCUCAUUACUUUGCCGAUGGCCUCCAGGUACGCUUGGCUGAUACUAGAGCCCCGUUGCAUUCAUAUAUUGUUGGUCCGAAGAUAUUAACUGUUGAAAUACUGAAAGGUCAUCAGACAUCUAUCACGACAUUCCCUUUCUGGAAACUUACACAAUUUUUUGCCAAUAUGACAAUUAUUAAACUAGCAGAAAAAGCAACAAGCCUUCACAUUAUUGAUUUUGGUAUUUCUUAUGGUUUCCAAUGGCCCUCCCUCAUCCAACGGCUUUCAGAGAGACAUGGCGGACCACCUAAGCUUCAUAUCACAGCGAUUGAGCUUCCGCAACCAGGUUUUAGACCCACAGAGAGGGUUGAGGAAACUGGUCGUCGGUUAGCAAAGUAUUCUAGAAGAUUUGGUGUAUCGUUUGAAUUCCAGGUCAUUGCUCAGAAAUGGGAAACUAUAGGAUUGGAUGAUCUCAAAAUAGACAGAAAUAAGCUGAUUGUGGUGAACUGUUUACACCGGUUGAGGCACGUUCCUGAAGUGACAAUGAUUGGAAACAGUCCAAGAGAUGAUGUACUAAAGUUGAUCAGGAAAAUCAAUCCAGAAAUAUUUAUCCAUGGGGUUGUCAAUGGGGCACACAAUUCAUCAUUCUUUCUCACACGUUUCAAACAAGCUAUCUCUUACUUCAAUGCACACUUUGAUAUUUAUGAGGCCACAAUGCCUUGUGAGGAUAAACAACGAUUGCUUUUCGAAAGAGUAGUACUUGGUGGAGAGAUAAUGAAUGUAGUGGCUUGUGAGGGUUUGGAAAUAGUUGAAAGGCCUGAAACAUAUCAAAAGUGGCAGGUUAGGAAUGUAAGGGCUGGAUUUAAGCAGCUCCCAUUAGACCAGGAGUUGUUAAUGAAGGUGAAGAAUACGUUCAAGUCGAUAGGCUAUCACAAUGACUUUAGCAUUGAUGAAGAUGAAAAUUGGAUGUUGCAUGGAUGGAGAGGGAGAGUCCUCUUUGCCCUAUCCUUCUGGAAAGGCGUGUAGGAGUUUUACAAAAACCUCUUGUUUUCAUUAUUUUGUUUGAUACUCAUUUUUUUCCUGUAAUCUUUCACAUACAAUUUUCUCUUGUAUGCUAUUGUUUCAUGGUAUGAAGUCAUGCAUCAUUUUUAAUAUCCAUUUUUUAUUCAUCUCUGUCAUAUGUAACCGAUAUAAGACCAGUCUUUCGGGGUUAUACUGAGCUUGUUGUUAGGGUAUUAGCUUAUGGAAGACACUCUUUGUUGGCAGGUGCUAUGUUAUCUAUGAUCACUAUAAUACAUAAGUUGUUUAUGUUUUUCCUA